AUGAACAUUCAAGAAGACCAUCUGUUGGCAUAUGAUAACUGCAUACUGCUUGAUGCCAGUGAAUGGUUGGCUGAAAUACCAGCUCUUAGAACUGGCAGUUUCCUUGGAUACGAUGGUUGGAUGCCUUGCCUCGUGGAUGGACAGAUUCAUGCUUGCUUCGCUGCCUCAUUUGAAGCUUGUUUGAAGAAUUCUUCCUUUGACGGUUGUCCACCCGUAAAGAUUCCGGAUAAACGAUUUCUGCUUGCUAUCCAUUGCACAGUGUGUAAGGUCAACCCACAGCUGUGCUUUGUCCUCACCAAGGUGGAGAUGUGUCCCGACUCCUACUGUAUCAAUGAGGUCACAAACAAAGAAGACGGCUCCAAAUGGGUUGACAGAAGGUGUGGAACAUUUGACGAAUGUGAGAACGACUGGUGGCACAGCACAAGUGAUGAUCCAGACUGUCAGGACUACAAACCAGACCAGAACACGCUGAAGGACAUCCACUGUACCUACUGCUGCACCGCGGACAACUGUAAUAGGGAUAUUAAGCCUGCUCAAGACACCCUGUACAUGCGUGAAGACUCUACAUCGACUAGUCCACCCAACAGUCCAACAGCACAAACAACCACUCGUUUGACAGGUCAAACAACAGUGACUGCUGACCCAAAUGUCCACACAUCAAUCACAACUUCAGCCUGGUCUGCGUGGUUCAAUGGCCAGUGUUCUGUGACAUGUGGGAACGGGUCUCUUACACGUAUACGUCACUGCUCCACGGGUCACGCCGAGGAUUGUGUGGGAAACAGCAAAGAAGUGAUUGACUGUCAGAAAACUCCUUGCAGAGUGGACGGUGUCUGGUCCUCUUGGUCGCCAUGGUCACAGUGUGACGUAACAUGCGAAGACGGUCACAUAUAUCGAACAAAGACGUGUACAAAUCCAUCUCCCGCCUUCGGAGGUUUGAACUGUUCUGGUGCGAGUCUUGAAACCAGCACGUGCAAGCUUGCACCAUGUCCAACCUGGUCUGCGUGGUUCAAUGGCCAAUGUUCUGUGACAUGUGGGGGCGGAACUCUUACCCGUAUCCGUCACUGCUCCACGGGUCACGCCGAAGAUUGUGCUGGAAACAGCAGAGAAGUGAUUGAGUGUAAUAGAAAUCCAUGCAGAGUGGAUGGUGGCUGGUCCUCUUGGUCACCAUGGUCCCAGUGUGACGUCACAUGUGAAGACGGUCACAUACAACGAACAAAGACGUGUACAAAUCCAGCUCCCGCUUCCGGAGGUUUGAACUGUUCUGGUGCGAGUCUUGAAACCCGCACUUGCAAGCUUGCACAAUGUCCAAGUUGGAGCGAAUGGUUCCUCGGCGACUGCUCGGUGACGUGUGGUAACGGCACCAUUUCGCGUUUGAGGAUGUGUUCUUCCGGUCAUGACGAGGACUGUCCGGGGUCUGCCUAUGACACCAUGCCUUGCUCGCAAGCGACCUGUUGAAGAUUGUGGGCUCAACGGAACAUAUAUUAGAAAUGCUUUAUGUGACCAAAGGUUGCAAUUGUAAAUGUGUUACACGG